GCCCCCACGGCGCCUCCCGGGGCGUGGAGGCUCCCACUGAUGCCGGAUUCCGGAGCUGACAGGGGAAUGCUGUCCUUGCUCCUCUGCGUCGUGUCCAUCGCUCUUCCGCGCUUUAUCAGAGCAGAUGCUUGUGAGGACUUGACUCUGCAAGAGACGGCAUCAGUAGACCAGCCUACAGCUUUUAAUUGCAUCUACUCUCUGCCAACAUCGGGGAAAGUAGAUGCAAUGUGGUAUAAAUAUCCUAGCAAAAUCCCAAUAUCCAAAAACACACAGUCUAGAAUUCACCAGGACCAAAAUUGGAUUUUGUUUCUCCCCGUGAAAGGGGAGGACUCUGGGAUCUACCAGUGUCUUACAAAUGAUACGGACAUCUGUCCCAGAAUGCAAGUCAACCUUACUGUGUUUGAAAAACAUUGGUGUGGUGCUUCCGGAAACAGUCAACUAAACAUGCCUCACGAGUACAAGCAGAUCCUGCAGGUUGGAAGAGAUGACAUCCUUAUAUGUCAUCUCAACUUCCCAAACAGUUUUUAUUUGGAUUCAGUAAAGUGGUAUAAGGACUGUAUAGAGAUAGAAGGAGAACGGUUUAUUUCUCGGGGAAAAAAGCUUUUAGUGAAGAAUGUCUCGUUGGAGGACAGAGGGAACUAUGAAUGUCAAGCCAGGCUUACACAUGUAAAGAAACAGCACACUGUUUUCAAUAGCAUCUCUGUGACUGUCACAGAAAAAGUGGGAAAUGGAGGAAGAAUCCCUCAGAUCAUUUAUCCAAAAAACAAUUCAAUUGAAGUAAAACCUGGCUCCAUGCUCAUCGUCAACUGCAACAUAACAGACACGCGGGACAACACAAACCCACGCUGCUGGAGGGUCAACAAUACCCUGGUGGAUGACUACUACGGGGACUCCAAGCGCAUUCAGGAAGGAAUUGAAAACUACACUGUUUUUCCAGAACAUAUUUUUUACACAGUGAACAUAACCUUCUUAGAAGUGAAAAUGGAAGAUUAUGGUCACCCUUUCACGUGUCAUGCUGGAGUGUCUGCUGCUUACUUUAUCCUAAAGCUCCCAGCUCCAGAUUUUCGAGCUUACUUGAUAGGAGGCCUUCUCAUCUUGACUGGUGCAGUGGUGUCUGCCAUGUGUAUCUACAACAUUUUUAAGAUCGACAUUGUACUUUGGUAUCGAAGUUCCUUCCAUUCUGCAGGGCCCAUAGAAGCUGUGGUCAAUGUCAUCGACGAAAAUAUUAGGCUGUGCAGAAGAUUGAUCAUCGUUAUCGAUCCCGACGAGCUGAGCUUUGGCCUAUUAAAGAAUCUGUCAGAAGAACAGAUUGCAGUCUACAGUGCCCUCAUUCAGCACGGGAUAAAGGUCAUCCUGAUUGAACUGGGCAAGGUCAAGGACUACACGGCCUUGCCAGAGUCCAUUCAGUAUAUCAGACAGAAGCAUGGGGCUGUCCAGUGGAGUGGGGACUUCACAGAACAGUCCCAGUGUGCAAAGAGCAAGUUCUGGAAAAAAGUGAGAUAUCGAAUGCCUCCCAAGAGGUGGCCACCUUCUCCUCCUGUCCAGCUGCUGAAGCACACACCCUUUGACCUCACGGCUGGCAAGUGGGAGGCCCGCACAGGAUUCAUCUCCCCUGAUGGAAAGAAUAUCUUCCCAAGCGUUGUGCACAGUUAGACAAGGAAGCAUUGCAUCUGGGCUGCUUGCUUGAAGCUUACUGUUUCUUGUUGUGUCCUUCUGGAAAGACCUGGGUUUAUCUGCUACCUUUGCUCAGAGCUACUUUAGGGGAAGACAGCACCUCUCAAGAGGCCCUCAUUAACUGACUGGCUCGGAGCACUCAUGAGACUUGUGAACGUGGAGUAUUAGCCUUUGAGCCCCGGGGAGGAGCCAUGGAGGGUUUGGGAGUCAUGGUUUAGCUGUCAGGAGGUUUGGCACAUGGUGUGACCCCCACGGGGCUGGAGACAGGAGCGUGGGGGGUCAGACCCACGGGAGGACCCUGUGGGCUUGGGAAGGGCUGGCAGAGGUCACGCCUGACCUGCCAGGGCCCUGUCCUCAGGGAGCAUUGACUGUGUCUCUCAGCCCCUUACUCCUCUCGUGCAAAUAAACAGUUUUGUGACGCUGCACUCUGGGCCCCUUGACACGGGAAGCAACUUGGAAGUCACCUAGACCUGUGGGGACCAACUCUGGUUGCCCACGAGCGCCCCCUGCUGGUGGGCCUCCCGCUUUGCCUGUCCAACCAAAACACAUGUCUUAACGCCCUUAUUUUUCCCAGCGGGCCUCUGGCAGCCAGAAUUCUGAGCCACCCGUGGUAGACACAGUCACCCCACCAAGAUGACGGAGUUCUAUUCUGAGCGGACAGAGUCAUCCAGCCAGCGUGCCUUCUUCACAGGCCAGUUCAUGAUUGAACAACUCAGAAGGGAUCAUUGACGUUAAAAUCAGCUAUAAAGUCUUAUCAGUCAAACCCUGAUAUGGAGGAGCCGAGAAACAGUCCAGCUCUUAUUCUGUGGUUGACAACAGCAGCCUGCAAAGGUGGCUGCAAUGCUCAGAGAGUUCCUGUCCCCCGAAGUCACACAUUUGAAUGCUAACACCUGAACUGCGGUGCUGGAGAAGACUUGGAGAGUCCCUUGGACUGCAAAGAGAUCAAAGCAGUCAGUCCUCAAGGA